AUGGAAUUAAAAUCAUUAGAAACCUGCACCAAAGGUAUUGACAUAUUCAACGCACUGGAUAAUGUCGUUUCUAAAUAUGGUGGUUUAGAGAAGUGCUCUGGCAUUGCAACAGAUGGAGCUAAAGCAAUGGUUGGUCAUAGAAGUGGGUUAGUAGGACUGUGUAAAGAAAAAGGCAUACAUUGUUUGUUUUUCCACUGCAUUAUCCACCAGGAGGCUCUCUCUGGAAAAAUUAUAGGGCCAAGUGAGACAAUGAAAACUGUUGUAAAUACUGUAAAUUUAAUAAGGGGAGGCAAAAAAGCCCAGAGACACAGGGCAUUUAUUGCAUUCCUGGACAAUUUGGAAGCUGUGUAUGGUGACAUUUCAUUGUACUGUGAAGUGCGUUGGCUACGCGCUGGAAAUUGCCUGCAGCAGAUGUUUGGGUUGAGGAAUGAAAUUCUUGCUUUUCUCAGAAAUGAAAACAUUGGACAUGAGUAUCAAGAAAACCCGAAAGAAAUUCUGUUUUUAAAUAAUUUUGCUUUCCUGACAGAUUUAACAUCUCAUCUAAAUGCUUUAAACCUAAAACUACAAGGCAAAAAACAAAAUAUCUCCCAGCUCUAUGGACAUAUUGAGGGCUUCCGCAAACAACUUGAUGUAAUGCAAAUUGCACUGAAGUCAAAUAAUACAGCACACUUCCCAUCUUGUCAGAAAUUGAAAUAA